AUGCCUAAUACAACACCGUUUUUACAGAAAGUGCAAUCGCUCAGUGCGAAUGCAAAGGUGGUGGACAUCUCUCAACGAUAUGCUAAGCCUGCCAACCCGCAAGAGCCUAUCAUUCAUCAAAGUGCCCGCCAUGCCUUGAUUGAGGAUCGCCUCAAAAUGUUUGAUCUGGCUAAAGACUGGAAGCGCUUGACUGAUAAU